UUUUUUUCUCGAUUGUUGUAGUCGCCGUGGAUGAUUCUCUAAAAUUUGAUGUUUGCACGUUUCUCAAUCAAUAAUAAUUUUGUGUUUCUUUGCUUCUGAGUGCUUGGAACUGUUUACUUUUUUGGCUGAGAUAUAUAAAAUUGAAAUCUUCACUCUUAAUCAGUACUGAUUCAUGUGACCGCUUGUCAUCUAGAAUUCGACCUUGUUGUUGUGUCAUUAAUUUAUGGGCAAAUUUGAAGUGAAUGAAGCUAUCCAUAUAUAAGUUUGCAAUUGAUACUGCUAUUUUCCUGUUCGUUAGUUUGCUUUUAGAUAAAAGUGAACUGAAUUCCGUCGUAACAGCGACCUUCCUUUUCCUUUUAUGUGACAGCUUGACAGGUAUUGAAGUGCACGAAGAGAUAGCAGAGUCUGGGAUCGUUAGAAAAGCUCCUUGCCCAUGAUUUAUAUAUGGUCUACUUAUAGUCCGUAAACUCUUGGAUAGAAGUUUUAGGUUUUGCUGUGCAGUGCCCUGCUUGCAGACAUGGGUUACAACUGUGAUUUCUGUGGGCAUCAAAGGCCAGUGGUAUAUUGCCGGUCUGAUGUUGCCUGUUUAUGCUUAUCAUGUGAUCGAAAUGUCCAUUCUGCUAAUGCACUGUCAAGACGCCAUUCGAGAACAUUGUUAUGUGAGAGAUGCAAUUCGCAGCCUGCUUUUGUUAGAUGUGUGGAGGAAAGGGUUUCCCUAUGUGAGAACUGUGAUUGGAUUGGUCAUGGUAGCUCUACCUGGAAUUCGACACAUAAGAGGCAAACAAUUAAUAGUUACUAUGGUUGUCCAUCAUCGGCCGAACUUUCUUCCUUAUGGCCGUUUUUUUGGCAGUCCCCUUCACCGGGUGAAUCUACUUCUGAGCUGGAAUUAGGUCUAAUGAGCAUCCCUGAGAAUAUGGAGAGGACCUCCUGGGGUCCUUCAGGAAACGCCAUUAGCCAGAAUCAGGAUAAUACUGGUGGUGCAGAAGUUAAUAACGACAAUAAUGCAGAUAUGGGAAGUGGCUGGGAUGGGUCUUCUUCAGUUCUGGAAAUAAGAUCUCCUCAACAAGAUCUAGAUCAGCCAGGUGGAUUAACUGAUACAUCAUUGCCCAAGUUACCUUGCCCUCAAACAAAUCAUCCUUCACUUUGUGAAAAUGAUCUCUACCAUGACUUCAACAUAGAUGAUGUUGACUUGAACCUUGAAAAUUAUGAAGAACUCCUUGGAGUAACUCUCAAUCACUCUGAAGAACUGUUUGAGAAUGGUGGAAGUGAUAGCGUAUUCAAGAUAAAAGACAUAUCUGCUGCUGAUUCCAACUGUCGGGGUGCUGUUUCUGCUGAGGGCUCAUCUAUUGGUCUGGUCAACACAGUCCAGCCAACAUGCAGCAAUGGGGCAUCUGCUGAUUCUGUGAUGAGCAAUAAAACCGAUUCUAUUCUUUGUUUCACCGGAAGGCAGGCUCAUUCAAGCCUAUCAUUUUCGGGCCUUACUGGAGAGAGUAGUGGAGGAGAUUACCAAGAUUGUGGGGCUUCAUCAAUGCUUCUCAUGGGAGAGCCUCCAUGGUGUCCUCCAUGUACUGAGAGUUCCUUCCAAUCAUCUACUCGAAGCAACGCUGUAAUGCGUUACAAGGAAAAGAAGAAGACACGGAAGUUUGAGAAGCGAGUGAGAUAUGCAUCUCGCAAAGCAAGGGCGGAUGUUAGAAAGCGUGUGAAGGGACGCUUUGUGAAAGUCGGUGACGCCUACGAUUACGAUCCGUUGAACUAAACCCGAGGCUGCCGUGCUCCAGGUUUCUUUUAUCAACACACACUGUGAAUAAAUAAUACCAAGGCCUGGUUCUUUAUCACCAUAAAAAACAUCGAACGGAUCGCUAGAUCAGUCGGCAAGAUCUGCCUGCUCAUUUCUUCUUUAGUAUGGAAAGGACGGAUGCUGACUAUAAUCCUCCUAGCCAUAUUUAAGCUCGGUGUCGGUUAUUGUCGACCAAUUAUCUACCUUCGGCUGGUUCCCAGCGCUUUUAUAAAAGCUGCCGCCGCCGCCAUCGGCUAAAGCAUGCAGCUAUAAUUUUGAUCUUGUUUGUUUUUUGCUCCUUCUAUUUAAAUGUAUAGCAAAGAUUUUGGUCUGUAUGCGCAGUUGAGAGAGUUUUAAUGGUUGCCUGCACAUUGUCCAUUGCCCAAAGUAAUAGUUGCACCUGUAAUUUCCCUCUCUCUUUCCUGCUGGAAGUCUACUGCAAAACAUAUCAUCUUUAUCUUUUGGGAGUCUC